CUGCUGAACUAGCUGCACCACUUUAUGGUCAUUCAUUCAGACAGCGCACUUCAUAAUUCAUUGUUUGUCACAAAGAUUGUUCAUGCGAAAUGGAUAACCUAGAUCGUUUUUUGGCUAAAGAGAGGGCAUGUUUGAAAGAGGAGGAACCACCUUACAUGACAAUCAAGACAAAGUCAGACAAUGUAAACUCUGUAAAGGAGAACGCUGCUCCAUUUGACUGGGCAUCAACUCAAAGAGAACUUCCAAACCCUGGCAGAGAAGAGAGCUCAGGAUUAAGUUUGCAGUUGGGAGCAGAAUAUGAGCAGAAGAAGCAAAAACUCAAGCAAGAGCUUCGUUUGGACUACAGACGAUAUGUGGCUCAGAAAAAGGAUCUGCAUACUGGUGAACCUGGCCCACAGGCUCAAGGCCUCUCCUUACCCAUUGGUGAGAGGAGAUUUGCCAAGGACAAAUUAAGAGAUGAAAGAAACAAGGAAUACAACCUCUUCCUUAAAGGACGGCCAGGGCAAAUAAGGAGACUACUUUCAAAUGCCUCUCAGGAGCAGGCCCCGGAGACUGUGAGUCCAACUGUACUUUAUUCUCCCCCAGCCAUACCAGAGGCCCAGCAUAACACCCAGCUUAACCAUGGAGGCCAGCCUUGGGAGCGACUCCCAUCCAAGAGGGACGCUGCCACCCUAACCGACAGGGGGACAGGGACAGAGGGUCAGGCCCCACGAGGCCGGAGGCACUGGGAGCUCCACAGACCAGAGGAGUCCCUGGAGCGCUGGAAGAGGAGGAGGCCCAGGAGGAGAAGCAGGCACAGGGAUGAGUACAACUCUGAGGAGGAAGAAGAGGAGUUUGAGUUCUUGGAGAGGGGGAGAUCCAGACGGAGCCGAGAGCCAGAGUACACUGGGAGAAGAGAGAGGAGAAUAGUUAAUCACAGCCCUGACAGAGUUCUGCGGGAGAGGAGGGAGGUGGAGCCGCCUGUUGUCCAUGAAGAGGACUUCAACGACCGGAUCAGAAAGUCCCAGUCGGUGACACCAAAACCCAAUGCUGUGAUGCCAGCGGCCAUGAAGACCGCCGAGAGAUCCAGGUCUGCAGCCCACAAGGACAAGGCCCAGUUUUUCACCGGACUCAUGAUCGGCGGGGAAACAGAGGGGGAUGUGGCCACACAGAGGCGGAAGGACCGCUACAGACAGGAGCUGCUGGAACAGAUGGCUGAGGGGCAGAGGAACAAAAAGAAGGAGAAGGAUCUUGAGCUGAGGGUUGCUGCCACUGGGGCGAUUGACCCAGAGAAACAGCCUGACCGCAUUAUGCAGUUUGGGGCGGUGAACCGCGAAUAUGAGGGCCGGAGACGUGACAUCCCCUAUAGACCCGGAGUAGGCCUUGACGCCCCGGGGACCAACUCUAGCCCCAGGCCCCGCCAGGAGAUGCCUGAGGCGGGCACAGAGGAGAGAGGUCCCCCUGGGAGGCCCCGUGUUGCCUUCCCCUCCCCUCCAAUGGACUACACUAACAUCUUGGGUCAACUAACAGGGGCAGGGGGGCCGCGGUUAGGAAUGGGGGCUGGAGCAGGGGCAGGCAUGGGGGUGCCUGGGGGCGCCCCUCUCAAUGAAGACUUCCACAGGAGCCUCUCUAGUACCCUGGUAGAGAUAGUCGCCCCAAGAAUUGCUAGCUUACCUCCUCCAUUGCCGCCCACUCUAACUGAUGCCUACAGGACUCCGUAUGAUGAGGCCUAUUACUACUAUGGAGCAAGGAAUCCACUGGACAAAAAUCUGCUCCACUAUGGACCUCAAGGAGGUGGAGGGCAGCCCAUGGUCUUCUCAAAUCUGCCUCCAGGAAUGAUGCCUCCACCUGGACAUCAAGGGGCCCGAGGAGCCUAUCAGCAUGCUGUGGCCCUCCCUGGAGCUGGGCUGGGUGUUGGAGCGAUAGGAGAGAGGCCCAAGCAGUCCAAGGAGAGUGUGUUGAACUACCAGGGAGCAUUGAGACAACAGAUCCAGGAAAGAGAGGAGCGAAAAAGACAGGAGAGGGAGAAAAGGGAUCGCUAUGAUGCCAAGAUCGAGGCCGAGAUGAAGGCCUAUGAUCCCUGGGGGAAGGGGGGAGGAGGGGCCCCUCUCAAAGACGACAGGGGAAAUCUCAUCAGUGAUCUGAACAGAAUGCACAGGAUCAACAAGGAGGUGUACGUAAACCCAGAGUCCAGGGACAGGAGAUGGCCGCAGGGCUCUGUAGGCAGGAUUGGAGGUGGAGGGGGACUUACCCCCAGGGGAAUAUCAGGUUUCUCCUUUGCCCAGACGUCCCAGUUCGCCCGUAGCAACGUGUUCAGUGAUCAGCCUACUCCACAGCAGCUCCAGGAUCAGGACACAUACAAAGACUACCUGAAGCAGCAGAUCGAAGAGAAAAGGAGGAAGGAGGCGAAGGAGAGGGACCGUGAAAGGAUGGAGGAGGAGAGGGAGGAGAAGAGGCUGGCAGAGCAGAGGGUUCUUAUCCAGCAGGAGUUUGAGGAGGAGCAGCAGAGGAGGAAACGGAAGGAGAUGGAGCAAAGUGCCAAGAAUGAAGAGCUGAUCCGCCAGGCUGAGGAGCGCCGUAAAGAGGCGGACAGGAAGAGCAGGGAGGAGGAAGAGCGUGAGAGCAAGACCCUGAGACAGCAGGUUGAGAGGGAAAGACGGGCGCGAAAGGAAGAGAGUCAGAGAGAUCCGUCACCACCUAUCCCAGCCCUGCAGAAGAGACUGGGGAAGCAGCACCUCACUCCCAGACCUCCCUCUGCUGUCAGCCAGCUCUCUUCUAGGGCCCUGUCUGAGCGUUCUAUGUCAGCACCACACUCUCCACCUGUACCUGCCAGGAGAAACCAGCUCCGAGCCACAGAGGACCAGCAGCAGGGUGUGAUCAGCGAGUUGUCCACGCUGCGGAGACAGCUGCGGAGCGAACAGAGACGGCUGGAGGGGCAGCUGCUGCAGAGUGACAGAGAGGAGAUAGACACAGCCAUCUCCACCAGGCGCAGAGGGCGCCCCCAUGGGGACGUGUUUGAGAUGGCACUCAUCAGAGCCCAGGGGUCGUCCAGACGACCCAACUCUGGAACGGCUGCUGCAGCUGCCCAUGUCAACAUGCAGAACAUCAGGGAAUUCAACCAGCUCAAAUACAGAGCAGUGAACCAGGAUGGGGAUGGUCCAGUCGUCAAUGUGAGCUCUGUCCAGGACCGGACGCUGUGUAGGAGUGCCGAGGGGCUUGACCUGUGA